AUGUCCCUCCCAAGCACUCAACGUGUUGCUCAGUUCCAAAGGUUCGGAGAGCCAGCAAAGGUCCUCACCGAUUACCCAGUCCCGGAUCCUACCACCCUCUCUCCCAAUGAAUGUCUUGUCAAAAUUGAAUACGCAGGUGUCUGUCAUACAGACGUCCACGCACGCGAUGGCGAUUUCUCAUUGAAGCCUACUCUACCCCGGAUCGGCGGCCACGAGGGUGUCGGCAGGGUCGUUGCCAUUGGCGAUGGAACUACUAGCAGUCCCGUCAACGUUGGCGAUAGGGUUGGUUUGAAAUUCUUGGCGCGGGCAUGUUUGAAGUGCGAGUAUUGUUGUAGGGGUUUUGAAGUCCGAUGUGCCUCCGCUUCCAUGCACGGGUUUACCGUAGACGGUUCAUUUGCUGAAUAUGCUGUCGCGUGGGCGGACUAUGUUACCCCAAUUCCCGAUUCCGUCCAUAGCGCAGCUGUGACGCCCUUCUUGUGUGCAGGUGUUACAGUCUAUAGAGGCCUGAAACUCAUCGAUCAUCAACCAGGCGACUGGAUUGCUAUACCCGGGGCCGGGGGAGGAUUGGGACAUUUAGCUGUUCAAUAUGCAAAGCACAUGGGCUUCCGCGUGAUUGCCAUUGAUAGUGGAGAAGAGAAGCGAGACUUAUGUCUUUCGCUUGGUGCUGAGAAAUGGUUUGACUUUAGGGAGAGUGGCUCCAACCUUGUGGAUGAUGUUAUAGCAGCAACUGAUGGGAAGGGGCCUCACGCGGCGUUAAUAACCGCUGCAUCCGCAGUAUCCUUCACACAAGCCUCCUUCUACCUCCGGCCCGGUGGUAUCCUCGUGGGCGUCGGGGUACCGCCUGGAACCUUCGAUAUCCCGUUUGGGGUACUCAUCGGAAAGCAACUUAAGAUUUUUGGGUCUGCCUUAGGAUCCCCGCAAGAUACCAUCGAAGCCAUUGACUACGCCGUGCAAGGAAAGGUGAAGUGUCAAUACUCUGUCAGACCCCUAGAAGAUCUCGACAGCAUCCUCACAGACCUUCAGCGAGGUGACGUGGCCGGAAGGGUCGUCAUCAAGCUGUAG